AUGUCCUCUCCCGCGAAGGAAACAGAGGUUCCUUUCUCAUUCUUCGUUGAGCUUGUGCAAGCAAUUGCAGCGAUCAAACCCCAUAGGGCCGCAGACAAGCAGCCACGCAGUACGCGCUGGGUCGACACACCCACAUACAAGACCUUCAAACGAUGGCUCGGUGCUCUACGCGAGCGGUACGCACCGCUGCCUGCCGGUAUGACCACCAUCGUCUUCCGCCUGCUUUUCCCCGAAGAGGAUGUCCGCCGCAAGUAUGGGUUGCAGGAAAUUCGCAUGGCACAGUACCUUACAAAGAUCCUUGGAGUCUCUACCGCCGCUGGUGGGAGAGGUGAACGACUGAGGAAGUGGAAAGGCGAGGAUGCCCUCGGUUGUCUUGGCAAUGAAGUCGAAAGGGUCAUGGACGGCCGCUCGAUAGCUAGCGUAAGCAGCAUAAGCCUCUGUCGAGUGGAUUCGCUUCUCUCGGAGCUCGCAGGUAAAUGCGCGUACUCCGCUGAAGUGUACAGAGAAGGCACGCACAUGAGCCGUCGCUCGAGAGAAGCCAUUCUCUCCGAGCUAUACACUUCCUUAACUCCGGCAAAGAGCGCGGUCAUGACGCAGAUCAUCCUAAAGGACCUCCGUCCCUUGUUAUACCCCAUCCCACAAUCUGCAUGUCAUUACACGUCCGCGCUCCUGGAGUAUAAAAGUAACGCUGUGGCGAUGCUCACGAAAGAGUCUGCCAUGCAUGCAUGGGACUCUUCCGGUCGCAUGUCGUUGAUCUUCAAGACGAGGGCAAACCUAGAAGAGGCUGCAACCGCUUUCGAAGGACUCAACAACGGCGAAGUGUUUCCUCAGCCCACAGUGGGAGUGCAAAUUCAAAUUCCGAAAUGUGUCAAGGGUCAAGGACCCGCCCAGUCUCUCAAGUCUCUGAAAGGAGCGGAUAAAGUUUGGGUAGAGACCAAGUACGACGGAGAACGUGCCCAGAUCCACGUAUGGUUCGAUGACGACGGCGACCCGCGCAUCCGUAUCUUCAGCAAAAGCGGGCGGGACUCCACCCUAGAUAGAGCGGGCAUCCAUUCCAUCGUAUAUGCUGCGCUCGGGAUCCCAUACCCAGGUUCAUACGCUGAAGCGGAUGCGCAGAGCUCUGACACACUACCCUUCAAACGUGGCAUCGUAGUCGAGGCUGAGAUGGUCGCAUAUAGUGAUGCACUCGGGCGCAUAGAUGAAUUUUGGCGCAUACGGAGUCUCAUCGCAAGAACUGCUAUCGGCGUGCGCCAUAGAAGUCCGCCGCCUGGACCAUCCACUCAGGAGGAGGUUAUGGAAACCCAGUGCUCCUUAAUCUCUAAUGGAACAGACGGCGGCACACGCCAUCUCGCUCUCGUGUUCUUCGACAUCCUGCUUCUCGACGACGCCUCCCUCCUCCCUGUUCCAUACGGUCAGCGACGCGAGGUUCUAGAACGCCUCAUCAACGUGAAACCCGGGUACGCGAUGCUCGCCGAGCGUACUUGUAUCGACACAACACUUCCGAAUGGGGAGGAAAUGCUUAGAAGGGCGUUCGCGCGUGUUGUGGCGGACCACCAGGAAGGUGUGGUGAUCAAGGCGGACGACGCAGGGUAUGCGGAGAAGCGAUGGCCGUGGGUCAAGUUAAAGCAGGACUACAUCCCUGGUCAUGGCGAUGCCGUGGAUCUUGUCCUCCUUGGGGCAUCGUGGGAGAAGGAGCGUGCGAGAGAAUUAAGAGUUCCCCCGACGGCCUAUACAACUUUUUACUUCGGCGCGCUCUCUAAUGCGGAUGAGCUUAAAAAACAUCCCAACCGCCUACCACACUUCGAAAUAAUAUUCACGUCGUCGUACGGCCUCGACCGGGCGCAACUGGAAGAGUUGAUCUUCUUGAUUCAAAAUUCGGACUCUGCACCAUAUCGCCAUCAGGCGGCUGCCAGUCUAUCAUACACUCAUACGCUUAGCCGGAGCCUCUCUCCUCCUACCGUUCUCCUUCGGGAGCCGCUGCUGGCCGAGCUCUUUGGGGCAGGCUUCACCAAGUCCCCUGGCAACCGCUUCUACGAGCUACGUUUCCCGCGGAUAGCUAAGAUCUUCCGUCCAUCCGAUCGCCCGUGGCUGGACGGCACAACGCUCCCAGAGUUCCAGCAAAUUGCCCGCACCUCCGUUGGGCGCGACCGCACCGGCAAGGCUGAGGACGACUGGGCACAUUCCAUAUUUCGCCCCGACGUGCCUCCCUCGCCCGGUCUGCAUUGUCCGGUGAAGCGGAAGCGCACGGAGGACAUGUGGGUAGAACGCCUCGCGCUCGUCGACGCCAAGGUGGGCUCGCGAAGCCCCACGAAGCGGAUGCGCAUCGACGUCCCUCCUACACGGGUCACGCAGGGGGUGCGUCGGGAGAAUGCUGAGAACGAGACAGGACCUUCCGCCUCUGUGGCAGCCGCAGGUGCAAGUGGCAGCCCAAGACAAAGGGUUGGAAUGCUGCGUUUAGACUCUGUCACGAACGUGGUGUCGUUCCCACCACCGCUAGCCCCUCCUUCGACAUCGCCUUUGUCGCGACGUCGCAACAAAGACCCUUGUGCUCCUGAGCCCUCAAAUAGGCCGCAGAGCCCUCCUUCUUCGCCACCACGCUUAAAUAACCCCAUACCCAGUCAACCCCCAGCACAUAUGGAGAACACCAACCAGCCGUUCUCCCUGAACGCUCCCGGGUACUCGGGCACCCCCACUGAUAGGCUGAUAGUUCUAACACACUCCAACGAAGGGAUGGACGCCCCCCAACCGCAAGAUCCGUCCGCCCGCGCGCCGACUCCGGAUGAGCUUUACUACCCAAGUGUGCAGGAACGGCCUCUUGAUCCUGUCCCAUUCAUUCCUACAGCACGCACCCUCUACCAGUUCCUGCACAACUCCGUAGUCUGGCUGGCCCGUCCAGACGGUGCCCCGCGCCCCGCUUGGCGCGCGGCGUCCCAGGCGAUCAUUCCCCCGAGCAGCAGGGUCAACACGCUGGAGGCGGUGGUGCUCGCGUGUGGGUGGAGUGAGACACUCGCUUGUGCAUGGGCGGCACGCGGCGUCGUGUUCGUGGACGACUCCCAGGACGGCGGCGCGUGGUCGCUCCAAGAGACCAUGAAGGAGCUGGCGGCGUUAAGAGCGGCAGCGCUGAAUGCGGGUAAGGCGGCGGCGUGCAAGCCGGUAUUCCUGCUCAGUAUGACGAUGCUCGCGCAUGACGCGCUCACGGAGACGGCGACGGUGGAGGAGUGGGAGAGCCGGGCCAUCUGUCGAUUCGGUUAA